AGCACACGAAAACCUAUCAGUUUCUUCCUCUUUAUUACAUUUCUUGGAUCCCUCUCCAAUUUCACACCCUCUAAAUAUAACACUUUCUAAUCUCUCUCUCUCUCUCUCUCUCAGAAACUCAAUUUCAAUGGCGCUCCUCACUUCCUCCAACCAGAAGAAACCCGCAAGCAAUAAACGCAGAAAAAAGCCCCAAAACCAAUCCUCAUGGGACCAAAUCAAGAACCUCCUAACCUGCAAACAGUUAGAAGUUCACGAUCCGGCCAAACGGUCACCGGCCUACUCGAAGCUGGGCUCCUCUUGCAGCUCCAUAUGUAGUUUCAGAGACGUGGUCCAUGCCAAUGCCAGAGUCGUUCACAGAGCCGACAACUCACCGGAAACCAGCUCCGUCGGUCAGGAAACUAGGUUACUCACCCGAAAACCCGCCAACGGUUCCUCGUCUCGUUCUUUAACGCCGCCGCCGCCGCCGCCCAGAAACAAAAACGGCGCCUCGUCUGCCACCUCCUACUCUUCAAGAGGAAUUCAAUUCAGAAAGCUUUCUGGGUGUUACGAAUGCCACACCAUCGUUGACCCUACCAGGUACCCAGUUCCAAGGAGUUCUAUCUGUCCAUGUCCCCAGUGCGGAGAGGUCUUCCCGAAGAUUGAAAACUUAGAGCUUCAUCAAGCCGUUCGUCAUGCUGUAUCGGAGUUGGGUCCUGACGAUUCGGGUCGAAACAUUGUGGAGAUCAUAUUCAAAUCAAGCUGGUUGAAAAAGGAUAGUCCGAUCUGUAAGAUCGAACGGAUAUUAAAGGUCCACAACACCCAACGCACGAUCCAACGGUUCGAGGACUGCCGCGAUGCGGUGAAAACACGUGCGCUCGGCAGCACCAGAAAGAACCCGCGAUGUGCGGCCGACGGUAACGAGUUGUUGCGGUUCCAGUGCAGCACGUUGUGGUGCGACCUCGGCUCACGUGGCUCCACCGGCUUGUGCGGCUCCAUCCCCGGCUGCGGUGUCUGCAGCGUCAUCCGCCACGGCUUCCAAGGCGCCGCCGUACCCGUACGGACCACGGCAAGUAGCGGUAGGGCCCACGACUCCUUCGAUUGCAGUGACGGGCGCCGGCGGGCGAUGCUCGUGUGCCGUGUCAUCGCCGGAAGGGUCAAGCGCAUCGCUGACGACACGGCGGCCGGAGCGGCGGAGGAUGAGAAUAUGGCGGCGGCCUCCUACGACUCCGUGUCACGCCACUCCGGUAUCUACUCGAAUCUCGAGGAGUUGGUUAUUUUCAAUCCAAGGGCUAUCCUUCCUUGUUUCGUCGUGAUCUACGAAGCCCUCCAAAGCUAAUUAACGACGUCGUUUAAGCCAUCUUUUUUUCCCCUUCUCUAAUUUCAUUCCGUUUAGUUUGGUGUUAUUUCAAUUCCGUCUAUAUUGUUUAGAAAAAGUUUUAAUUUAGUCCCUUAAACACUAAAAGACCCUAAUUAAUUAAAUGAUGUAAGGGACUAAAUUAAAACUUUCAAGCAAUAGAGAUUAAGUUGAAAAACACGACUAAAUUAAACAUUUAGCAAGAAUUUAACGGUGUGUUCUGUUGGGUAGGUAAUUAACCUUACGUUUGUAUAGCUUUUGAUACUGUGUAUUAUUUUAAAUUGUGGGUCUUAAUUAGCAUAAACAAAUUUAGAGGUCGAUAACCUGUUUUAAAACGACUGAAGCAAAUUGUACGUAUGUGGAAUUUGUCUUUCGGCGCUAUCAUUUUUUACUUUUGAUUUUUGA